UAUGCUGCUGUAAACAUUGAAAGUACCUCAUCUAUCACUUUGGACACGUCCACACUUAAUGCUAUUCUUGAAAAUAUCCAGUACAUGGGAGAAGAUGAUCUGCAGGAUCCUGCUACUCAUCAUCCUCACCUCACGUGUCUCUGGAUCAUUUGUAGUCAAUGUGACACAGACCUCCUAUCAGGCAGAGGAGAACCACAACAUCACACUGGAGUGGAUGUUCACCACCAAACCUGACAGAUCCCCCAAAACUCUCAACAUCCUCUGUGAACUGAUAACUGAGCAUACAGAUUCAGUCCUGUAUCGUGUUCAAGAAGGUGUUGAGGUUUCAGAGUCUCAGGAUGAAAAGUUUUCAGGACGAGUUGAGAGUGACAAAGAUGCCCUCGGAGAAGGACGAAUUAGACUUCAACUGUUUAGACUCAGGACUGAUGACUCGGGUCUGUACUUGUGUGAACUGAAGACAGAUUAUGGCUUUGGCUCAGCCAGAUGUAGACUCAGUAUCAGUGCUUCGGAUGACCCCAAACGUCCAAGUCCAACAGUGAACACACAACCAGAGAGUCGAGGAUGGCUCAACCUGUAUCCUUUACUUAUACUGCCAGCAGCAGCUUUAUUGAUCAAACUAUGUUAUAAAAUCAUAAAACGAAAACAUAACCUAAAUCUAAACAGUCACCGCCUAGGCAGCGAAUGCAGUGAAGCAGUAGUCAACUUGAAUAAUUCAGAUGCCACUCACCUUGCUGCUUCAUUAGAAGCCACGUCCAUCAUCUUCUGAGUGUGGACAUGACUUCCCUGAACUCCAAAGAUUGUCAUGUUAACAGCUGGGUCUGCAGUGGAAGAUUUGUGGGAGCAUCAACCUCAGUGAGAGCUGAGAAACACUGUCUGCAGUCUACAGCCAUCAUCAAAAACACUGAUGGAAACAUUCAAAGCUC